UUCAUGAUGUAGAUUGUCUUAAAAUGGAAGAUGAAGAGAAGGUUGAGAUUGAAGAGACAGUGUCUGCUUCCACGUUUGUAGAGCCAUCUUUCCCUUUACAAGAGAAAGUAAGUACUGAAGAAAGUGAAGCUGAAACUGAAGUUAGACCAGGUUCCAUUCCUCCACCUGGUAGGGGGCAGAGAAUAUAUGAGAUAGAUCCAACUUUGACAGGUUUUCGUCAACAUCUUGAUUACAGGUAUGGACAAUACAAAAAAAUGCGUGAGGAUAUUGACAGGUAUGAAGGUGGUUUGGAGUUGUUUUCUCGUGGCUAUGAAAAGUUAGGCUUCACACGCAGCUUUGUUGCUUGGGCCAUUGUCAACAGAUAUGUCUUACUUUUCCUGGAGUCUGCUUUGACUAAGCUCAAGCCAAUACUAGCUGUUCCAUGGAUGGCAUUUACUGGAAAUUACAAUGAGUACUUUGGAUUUGCAACUGAUGUAGAUGCUGUUGUUUUUCUGAUGCUGGUCAAUGAUUUGAUUCAUGGACUCUUCCCUCAGGCUGUUACCAUUGGAGAAGAUGUUAGUGGAAUGCCAACAUUCUGCAUUCCUGUUGAAGAUGGUGGUGUAGGAUUUGAUUAUCGUCUACAAAUGGCCAUUGCUGAUAAAUGGAUCGAGCUCCUUAAGAAAAGGGAUGAAGACUGGCAAAUGGGUGACAUUGUUCACACACUGACCAACAGAAGGUGGUUAGAAAAAUGUGUUUCUUAUGCUGAAAGUCACGACCAAGCUUUAGUUGGUGACAAAACAAUUGCGUUCUGGUUGAUGGACAAGGUUAGUUCGGUUGUCUUGGAUUCAGAUGAUCAGUUAUUGGGGCUUUAA